AUGUUAGAGUGGCAAAGAUACACAAAUAGUGUUUCAAAAAGUACCAUAGACUUGCAGUCUUGCAGAGACGACAAGAGUCAACUUGACAUUAAGACCAAGUCUGUUCUUGCUCCAAAUCUUAAUACUGAAAUUUCUUGUCAAAUUCGCUCUCUCUUUUUGGUAUGCAGGCAUUUCUGGAGUCGGUGCGCGAUGUAUGUGGACCUGUGCUGUGUGACCCUUUGUCUAGCGACAUUGAAAGUGUCAAAUACACUGUGCCUUAAUAUUAUGGCCCCUUUGCUGUGA